AUUGGCUUUUCCCAAAUCUUUAGUGUGAACCUUUUAAUUCAUUAUAAACCACACCACUGUCUUGCUCAGUGUCAGCAGCGCAGCCCAGCAAAGUGGAAUUUAACAGCAGAGUCGCAGACAUCUUGGUCCAAAUUAGCAACAUGCGGAGAUUUGUGUGGCUCUCUUUAUGCAUAGUCGUGCUGCUGGGGUCAGAGAUCUGCAUAGCAGCAAGGCAAGAAUUGAUAGUUACCACCUUAAAGCAAGACCCAUAUACAAUGAGCAAAGGAUCCCAGUUAGAAGGCUACUGCAUGGAUCUACUCUCUGAGCUAUCUAAGAAACUGGGUUUCAAAUACAAAGUUCAUCUGGUGAAGGAUGGGUCAUAUGGCCGGCAGGACGAAAGCGGAAACUGGAACGGAAUGAUUGGAGAGGUUGUUAGAGGGGAAGCUGAUAUGGCGGUAGCUCCUCUCACUCUCACUGCUGCCCGUGAGAAGGCUGUGGGAAUGACGAAACCUUACAUGCAGACCGGAAUCAGUAUCCUCCUCCGCAAAGAUAUAGUUUCUGAAGAGGCCGGGUUUUUUGACUUCCUCUCCCCUUUCUCUGGGGAGACCUGGUUCGGCAUCCUGAUUGCAUACUUUGUGACUGCAGUCUGCAUCUGCAUUGUGGGAAGGUUGAGUCCAUGUGAAUGGAGCCAGCCUGAGACUGAGCCCAAUCAAUUCACACUUCUGCACAGCUUGUGGUACACUGCGGGAGCCCUGAGCCUGCAAGGUGCAGGCCCUCACCCUAAAGCUGUGUCAGGACGGGUUAUCACUUGUACCUGGUGGCUGUUUGCAGUCGUGUUGCUGGCCUGUUAUUUCUCCAGCCUCAGUUCCUCUCAGGUGUCUGAUUCUACACCGAUCAUGAUAAAAGGCUUCGAGGACUUGGCUAAUCAGGAAGUGAUUGAAUAUGGAACGCUUGCAGGCUCCUCCACCCUUGCCUUCUUUAAGAACUCCAAUAACCCAUCUUACCGUCGCAUCUAUGAGCACAUGGAGCGGAGGAAGAGUUUUGUGUCCUCCAUGGAUGAGGGUGUCCAGAGAGCAAAGGAGGGAAAUUAUGCUUUCAUUGGAGAAUCUGUGUCCCUGGACUUGGCUGUUGCACGCCAUUGUGAAUUGGUUCGUGCACAUGAGGUCAUCGGGAUGAGAGGUUACAGCAUUGUAACUCCUCUUGGAUCUCCCAUGCUAAAGAAUCUGAGUGUGGCGAUCCUGCAGCUGAGUGAGGCAGGGGAGCUGGCUUAUCUGCGUACUAAAUGGUGGGCCAGUAGCUGUAUCCCGGACAGUGCCAAAACCUCAUCUCUGAGGGCCCAUAGCAUGAAAGGCAUCUUCCUGGUUCUGGCUAUAGGCCUUGGGAUUGGAGUUCUGCUCUCCUUGCUUGAGCUCACCUCAAAAUCUCGCAGUACUGCAGGAGAGCAGAAGAAAUCCUGCUGCACAGUUUUGACUCAGGAGCUGAGCCAGCGUUUGAGAAUGAGCAACACAAAGAGAGACCAGGAAACCUCAGACAAAAACAAGGUUUAAAAGGUUUUACCACAAUGAUUUAAUCCCAGUCUUACAUAACAGAAUAUCUUUACUGUUCCUUAAAGGUGCACUCAGUAAUUUUUCCCCAAUUAAAAAAGUUUUACUCCUAAAGAAAUUAAUUGUAAUUUUGAAACAUAUGUAUAAAAUCAUGACCACUCACAUGAGAUGAGGACUCUGGUCAUAUCAGUAACCUUAUAAAAGCUGCUUUAUUCUACAUGGGGCAGGGGCGCCCUCAUGGGGGCUGCCAUUUUAGAAUCACACGACCAGCUGAAUUCUACUCACUUAAUCUCAGUUACCAUCUUGUUAUUGGACACUUUCACUUUUAGAUUAAAUUAAUCAUGGCUUACUGUGAAUAGUGAAUUUCUACAAAUGGCAUCUGUAACUGAAAACUAUUGAUUUUGAAUGAUGCUGCAUCCACACCACUAGGUGUCACUGUAAGUCCAAGAUGACAUGAACAAAAAGUUACUGAGUGCACCUUUAAAUUCAGAUUUUCUGGAUUAUCCAAGUAGGUAUAGCUGCAGGCCGGAGAUCUCCAAAUGGGGGCGGAAUCUCAGAAAUAGGGCUUGGUUUCUCCAAAAGGGGGCAGGGCUACUCCAAAAUGGGAUUAUGCCAACUUCAAAAGGGGGAGACAUCUCCACAGACAGUUAGGGUUAGGGAAAGGGUUAGGUAAGGGGCUCCCUAUAUCUUUGCUGGCGAUUUGGAGCUCCCACCCCUUUUUGGAGCUCUGUCUGCAACUAUACCCUUCUCGGAUUAUCUGGUGCUAGAUAUUACUAUUUCUCAAGUUAUAAGAAACUGUUUUAUACAUUUUAACUGGUUUAAAUUAGUGUACUGAACUGAGUUCAACAAAAUUUUAACUUUUUUUUUUUUUUUUUUACAUUUAAAUCAACCUGUCUUUUCAGUGAAGAUUUUACCAAUGAGAUGCCUAUCAAUUUCAGUCUGGAUGUAAAAUCUCAUGCAUAUUUGUAUUUUUUACAGUUGUUGAUAUUAGAUGAUUAUCAUAAAUUCCUGCUGAAAUGACAUAGAAACAUAAUUUGUAUGCAUAAUAAGGUAUGGCAGAAAGCUAAAAAGGAGUUCAAUAAAACUUUAUUAACAAAUUCUGUACUGCAUGGGAAAUGUUUCAAUACAGAAAUACAAGAAAAAGCCUAUAAAAGUAAGAGACAAACAACAUUUUGCAGAUGUGUUAUUUUAAACCAAGCAAAAUUUUAAAAUAACACUUUCUCUGACAAGGAUUUAAGAAUAAAACAUUGUAAACUUACAAAAUAUAAUGUUAUUUAAAAGAUCAUCACAUCUUACUGUCACAAAAGAGGCAUUGGUUCUGGCACCAUGUUUAUUAAUGAAUUAAUAAACUUGAUCUAACCCCAAAA